UCUGCCCCAUGAGCAGACGCUCCAUAUCAGUGUGCAAUACAUGCUAAAGUGAAAGUAGGGAAAUACAAACCAUGAUAUAAAUAUAUGCUAUUGUUGAGAACUGUUGUUAAUGGCUAAAAUCUUAAAUGAAGACUUAUUACCUUUUUAAAAUGUGUUGAAGUUAUUUUAUUUUGAAGUUCAGUAGUUUUUAAUAGCACUGUUGAUCAGAAACACUGGCUAAAGUAAGAAAAGGGCAUCACUAUUAAAGCCAUCCUGUCAUGUUUCUUGUUCCACUGUUUGAUGUCUUUGCCACAAUUAUUAGUUCCCUUUGUGGGACAUAAAAGUUUGAAUGCAAGACAUUGUCAUUGUUGAAUACCAUAAAUAUGUAAAUGAAAUGUAUGUUCCCUCUUAAGCCAUUCUUUAGUUCUGGCCUUGUUCUGUGUCACCCAGUGCAGUAUGUUAACUGGGUGUUAAAUGAAACUAACCGCUGAAUUAAACAAGUUAUGUUACAAAAUGCAUCGCAGGUAUGCAUUCUUUACACACUCUGUGCUGUUGGGUAAUAUUAUUAUGAAUUAAGGUGCACACAUUAUGAGCUAUUAUUACCAUACCAUAUUAACACUUAUAUUAAACACUCUAAAUAUACUUUAUUUACAUGUUUGCUUUCAUUUGACAGCGAUUUUUCUUCCCCUAACCACUUCACAUUUGAGCUUUUCAGAAUUUAAUUUUUCACGUUCUUGAACUUUGAUCCCGAUGACUUUGACUGAUGGUUGGUGUCCCCCUCAGUGUUAUUAGCAUUAAAGGUCACACCCAUUGUGCCCGUCCUCUGUCUCAAUAUACACUGAAUAUGUGUAAUCAUGUAUGAAGCGCUUGAAGUGUUAUUACGAGCACCGUUAAUGGUAGGAUUUGUGGAAGUCCCCAUUCAUUCACAUCUGACAUAAACAAAUGAUCACGAGCAUGAUCUUUGUUGGAGACAAACAUCGGUGAAGUCUCGUUUACAAAAGGUAUAGUUUAGAAGAAAAAAAUGUUUAACCCCCUCAUUUGUACAGUCGUCACUCGUUCACAGUCCAUAUAGGUGGAGAAACAAGGAAGUACCCGUGUCACUGUAUGGCAACGAUGGCGCUGCAGAGAGUUGGGAGUCGAUUGUUGCACUUUCAGAGGAACAGCUUCAAGACUGUCUCCAUACAGACACUUGGGGUUGUCAGAUUCAAACGAACCUGUCCAGUUCAAGUGAGCCGCCUCGACCAUUUGGUUCUCACAGUGAAAAGUGUGCCGGACACCAUCAGCUUCUAUUCCUCGGUCCUUGGCAUGGAGGUCAUCACUUUCAAGGGAACCCGUAAGGCCCUGGGUUUUGGGCAGCAGAAGUUUAAUCUUCACCAGCUGGGUCAGGAGUUUGAGCCCAAAGCCAAGCAUCCAACCGCAGGCUCUGCAGAUCUGUGCCUCAUCACCAAAACCCCCCUGGCUACAGUAGCUGCACAUCUGAAGGUUUGUGGGGUCGAGAUCGAGGAGGGUCCAGUGGAAAGGAGCGGAGCUGUGGGGACCAUCACCUCUCUUUACUUCAGAGAUCCAGACCACAAUCUCAUUGAAGUGUCAAACUAUAACCAGUCAACAUCAGAGGGAAUGUCUUAAGACUUCUUUUGCCUUGUUGGUGAAUGAACCCAACUCUGUCUGCUGGACCCACUUUGUACAAUUUAAGUUUAAGCUUUGAAGUUUUCCACCAGAGUUACUGUGAUUCAAACAACACGUGCACUAUUUUCAGACUCGAUAACAUCAGUUGGCUGUGUAAAGACACUGUUCCUGUGUAGCUCUGCUGACCAGUGGUUCUUAUUUUAAUCAUGCACGGUAAAGGCUGUUUUAACACUUUGAAUUCGGAAUAGAAAGUGAAAAACACAGCACCUGAUGUACUUACUUUGUGAAGAGAACCACUUAUGAGGACUAUAGCUUUUUCAGCAGAAAAUAAAAGGUUCUUCCAUGAAUCCGAGGCUGUGUUAAUUCUGAUUUUUUGAAGGAGAAGGAGUGAGAAGCAGAGUGAGUCGUAGACUGAGAGAGUACACAGGGCUAAGGUUUUACCAGGAGGCACUAAUCAGCAUCCUAUUCAACAUGCACUGCAUUGAAAUCCAAACUAAGCGGAGGUUGUCACAAUAUAUAACCUCAAACACAGACCCAUUCUCCACAGUGUCUGAGACACAUUACUCUCCCCUCCAUUGCUGGACUGCUGGAUUAUAUACCUAAUAUGUACCUUGUUAUAUAUCCUGUUAUACAGUAUACUAUGUUUAUAUUAUAUUAUAGCCCAAUACA